AUGGCCGUGCUGCUGGGGCUGCUCCUGGCCCUGCUGGGCUGCACCGUGGCACCGGAUCCUGCCCUGGAGGAGGCCUGGGAAGGGUGGAAGAGCUUCCAUGCCAAGGAAUACCCAGCGGAGGCCGAGGCCACGCGCAGGGAGGUCUGGGAGAAGAACCUGCGGCGCAUCCAGCAGCACAACCGGGAGGAGUCGCAGGGGCAGCACGCCUUCCGCCUGGCCAUGAACCUCCAGCACCUUCCCCAGGGACCCCUGCCCGCACCUGGGGACUGCGCACCCCUCAGCACGGAUGAGGAGUUUAACCAGCUCCUGAAUGGCUUCACCCCAGCGUGGCAGGAGGAGCCGGCACUGCUCUUCCAACCGUCAAUGGCCCUGAAGACCCCGGCAGAGGUGGACUGGCGGGCAAAGG